AGAACAAUAAUAUUUAAGAUUUACUUGUUUUUAUCUUUAAAAUGUCUCACAACUUUUGUGGAUUCCUAUCUUCUUCAAAAGAUGAUAUUACUAACAAUAAACAAAAGAAAUCGGUUUCCAAAAAUCUUAGGCCCCAUUCAUUUGUUUUACCGGAAUGAUUAAAACCGGGGCCUGCUUAUGGUUUGAUAAAAGAAUAACAUUCAUCUUCUUUUUUUUUUAGAAAUAUUCAUCUUUUUUAUUGCACUAUAGAUUACUUAAUUCGUCUUUUGUCAUCCCCUCCUCCUUUUUCUAUAAAUAGAGAGAAUGCAGGGUAACAUUUUAUUCAUCUCUUCUUCUCCAUAAAGAGCGUGCUAACUUAUAUAUAUGCAGUUAAAGAAAAUGACAUCCAAGACUUUGCUUCUGUUAGGUCUCUUUGCAUUUCUUCUAGUUGUCUCAGAAAUGGCCGCGGCAUCUGCAAGGCAGUCGGGCAUGGUGAAGUCCGGAAGUGAGGAAACUGUGCACCCUGAUGGAUACGGAGGUGGUCAUGGAGGCAAUGGACGAGGUUACGGCGGAAGAGGAAGCCACGGGGGCAAAGGAGGAAGAGGUGGCCACGGAGGAGAAGCUGUUCAGACUAAGCCUGAUGGAUUUGGAGGUGGCCACGGGGGCCAUGGAGGCCACGGGGGCCAUGGAGGCCACGGGGGCCAUGGGGGACACGGGGGGCACGGGGGAGAAGUUAUUCGGACUCAGUCCGGUCACUAAAUAUCCAUAAUCUAUCUAUAUAUAAGUCUUGUAUGCACUUACGUGUGUGUAUGACGAUAAAAUAAACUUGGUGCUUUUGUAAUAAAGUGACUCAAGUUUAAGAAAAUAAACUAUGGGAAUAAAAUGUCAUAAUGUCAUA